AUGGAAGCUGAAAAAGCUACUAAAGUACAGACAAUGAAAAAAGGAAAAGAGAAAGGGAAAGUAAUUGAAUAUGAGACUGAAACUGAAGAGGAUAUUGGAGAAGAAGUUGAAGAUGAAUCUGAAAGUGAUAUUGGAGAUUAUAAUGACUAA